CCAUCAUCCAACAAAAAGACGUUCUACAGAUGUCAUGUCGAGGUCCUAUGUUGGAAACUAUACACAGCAAAAUCUGUAUUUCUUCUUAUAUAAAGCUUCUCGAAGAUUGUAUUCAAUCCAAAUUACUCAAACCAGGCAAGUUAAUCCAUCAACAUUUUCUCAAGAACUGUCAUCAUCCCGAAUUUCAUGGCGACAGUAUCAUCGUCUUGGAGAAGCUCUCUCGUUUGUACAUUGCCUGUAAUAAAACAGCUCUCGCCCACCAAGUGCUCGACCAAAUUCCUCACCCAGAAAAGAAAAACAAAGUCUCCAUUUGGAAUUCGAUCAUCAGAGGCUACGCUUGGGAAGGACCAUUUGAUAAAGCAAUUUCAUUGUAUCGUGAAAUGCUUGAAUCUGGAGUAAGACCCAAUAAUUAUACGUACCCUUUUGUUCUAAAGGCUUGCUCGGGUUUGCAGGCCAUAGAAGAUGGGAAAGAGGUUCACGAACAUGCUAAACUUGCUGGGUUUGAUUCUGACGUCUAUAUUUGCACUGCCUUGGUUGAUUUCUAUGCAAAAUGUGGUUCUUUGAAAGAAGCAAGAGAGGUGUUCGAUGCAAUGCCUAUGAGAGAUGUUGUGGCUUGGAAUGCCAUAAUUGCUGGUUUUUCAUUGCAUGGAUUGUAUGAUGAUGUGAUUAGAUUGAUUUUUCAAAUGCAGGAAGCAGGAUUAAGUCCUAAUUCCUCCACAAUUGUUUCGGUUCUUCCUGCAGUUGGAGAAUCAUCUGCUUUGGUUCAAGGGAAGGCAUUGCACGCUUAUGGUAUGAAGAAGAAUUUUCAUAACGAUGUUAUGGUUGCGACAGGAUUGAUUGAUAUGUAUGGUAAGUGUGCCUGCCUUUCUUAUGCUAGUAGAAUUUUCGACGCGUUAAGUUUCAAGAACGAAGUGACUUGGAGUGCUAUGAUUGGAUCGUGCAUAGCAUGCGGGUAUCUUAAUGAAGCGCUGAAAUUGUUUGAAAAAAGGUUGCUCAACGAUUCCACUUCCUUGUCAGUUGUUACGCUAGGAGCCAUACUUCGCCUUUCCGCGAUGCUUACUGAUCUCGGAAGAGGAAGAAGUAUACACGGUCUUCUUAUUAAAAUUGGUUUUGUUUCCGAUCUCAUGCUGGCUAAUACUCUCCUCUCAAUGUAUGCUAAGUGCGGAAUAUUGAGCGAGGCCGAGGCCUGGUUCAACGAAAUGGUGAAUAAAGACGCUGUUUCUUAUAGCGCUUUCAUUUCAGGGUGCACCCAAAGCGGUUAUGCGAAAGAAGCUUUGGUUGUUUUCAAGAAGAUGCAGUUAUCGGGAAUUCAGCCCGAUUCAGCCACAAUGGUUGGCGUCUUGCCUGCUUGUUCUCAACUGGCAGCCCUCCAGCAUGGCAUUAGCUGCCAUGGAUAUUCAGUUAUGCAAGGGUUUACUGAAAACAUUUCUAUUUGUAAUGCACUAAUUGACAUGUACUCGAAAUGUGGGAAGUUACAUGCGGCCAGGCUAGUUUUCGAUGGUAUGCACACAAGAGAUAUUGUCUCGUGGAACACGAUGAUUUUCGGUUACGGAAUUCAUGGACAUGGAAAUGAAGCUGUUAAAUUGUUCCACGAUUUGCAGAAGUCUAGGAUAAGUCCAGAUGACAUGAGUUUCAUUUCAGUCUUGUCUGCCUGCAGCCAUUCUGGGCUAGUUUCAGAAGGAAGGAUGCUGUUCCAUUCAAUGACGAGUGAUUACCAUAUUAACCCUAGGAUGGAGCAUUACGUGUGCAUGGUCGAUCUUUUGGGCCGUGUUGGAGAAUUGGAUGAGGCCUAUCGUUUUAUUCAGAGAAUGCCUAUUGAUCCUGAUGUUCGAAUAUGGAGUGCAUUGCUUUCGGGCUGUAAAGUUUACAAAAAUAUUGAACUUGGCGAAAAAGUAGCUUUUAAAAUUCAGUCUAUUGGACCCGAGAGCACGGGAAACUUUGUCCUCUUAUCGAACAUGUACAGCGAUGCUGGGAGAUGGAACGAUGCUGCAGAUGCGAGAAUUGCUCAAAGAAACUGGGGAUUCAAGAAAAUCCCGGGAUGUAGUUGGGUGGAGAUUAACCGCGUUGUUCAUGGGUUCGUGGGAGGAGAUCGUUCGCACGCUAGAUCAGAAGAGAUAUACAAAAAACUUGGGGAGCUGUUAAUGGAAAUGAAGAAGAUGGGUUAUAAUAAUAGCUUGGGAUCUGGUUUUGUGAUGCAAGAUGUUGAAGAGGAAGAGAAAGAAAGCAUUCUCCUUUAUCAUAGUGAGAAAUUGGCUGUUGCCUUUGCUCUUCUUAGUUUACCUGCAUCUAACAACAAACCUAUUCUUAUCAACAAGAAUUUGAGGGUUUGUGGUGACUGCCAUGCUGCAUUCAAAUACAUUAGUAUUAUUUCAAACAGGGAGAUUACUGUUAGAGAUGCCAGUAGGUUUCAUCACUUCAGAGAUGGAAUCUGCAAUUGUCGAGAUUUCUGGUGAGAAACCA